GCUUUAUAAAUCUAUUUUUGUCUAUGGUAUGUUUUCAUUUUAAUCUUUAAGUUCGAAAAAUGUCGGUUUUAAUCGAAAACAUUAUUUAUUGAGUGUUUGUAUCAAUAUUUAAAGCUUAAAAGUUGCUUAAAAGUUAUAUUACGCACAAGUAACUGCUAAAAGACACAGCUAUCAUAGUUUUAACGCUAUUAUCGUUAUCGAUCGGACAUAAUUAUCAAUAACAUGGAAGUAGAAGAAAUGACACUAGAAGAUAAAUGUGAGCAUCUCAUGAACAUAGUCGUUGAGUCAAGAAAGAGGUUCGGUAAGAUGUGCAUCGAUUACGAACAGAAGACUUCUCUGGUAGAAAAUAAAAUGCUCAACUUGCAAAUAGAAACAAUCUCAAAUUACCGUUUCAAGUCAAAAACGACCGUACCUUGUAUAGAUUUUGACGAAAUGGAAAAAGAUUUAGAUGAGUUUAAAGAUGCACUCAUUAGUAAUCAGAAGAGGAUUGAUGAGUUAAAACGGAAUUUAUCGAAUACGGAAAAUGUUGUAAUGCAAUUGAAAUUGGAUGCUGUUGGUCAGAAGUUGAAAAAGCCGCUAACAGCUGAAGCUAUGUUAGCUGAUGCUAAGAAAAAAAUUAAAUCAUAAAUUGAUUAGUA